UAAUUAUCUUAUUGAUAUACUAUAUUAUUUAUAAUUUUGUCUACGAAAAUGACGAGGACUGGUCGCGAUGAUCGUGGGGGGAUCUAAAUUUACAAUUCUUGGAAAUCGGCUACUUUAUUGCUCUUAUACUAGACAGAAUCGCCGCAUAGAACAAAAGAGUAUGAACAGUCGGGAAGAACAGAAGGGGUAAACGUUCUAAAGAUACGUAGGGCUCUAAUUCGAGGAUCUAAUUCAUGCAUGUGGAACUCAUGUGCCGCCGCAACGGCUGGAACUUUCACAUCGCUCUUCUUCCGCUAACAAGAAUCACCGAUGAUGUUCCCUCGAAAUGCAGCUCGAAAUUGAUCGAUUUUUUCUUUCCUUCUUUUCAUUUAUAAACAAACGAAGCACGCUUCCUCUUCGAAGAAGAAAAAAAAAAGAAAGAAAAAUCUGAAUCAACUUUCGACGAAACGAAUGAAUGAAUUUGUAAAAAGAAUCGUAAUGCGAUAUUUAUAUUUUCUUCGUAACCGUGUCAAACCGAGGAGAUAUAUGUGACCGCUCGAUUUUAUUUCGAGACACGAUUUUUCCCCCGCAGAGAUAGAUAGAUUCGAUUUCAGCCCGUUCCGGCGUGGUAUCGACCGGCUUGACGGUGUGACGUCACGUUUUCCUCGAUGAUCCACUCAGAGAAAAAUCCUCUCGUCUAGCCGAAGUCACCGCUCAGACGCCCAGCCCAAGAACCCGGGAGCUGAAAAAUGGCGUCCUAUGGCCAUCUCGAACCCAUCGACUCGGUUGCGCAUGGCAAGGUCCAUGCCCCACUGGGUACUGGCGCAACAACAGAAGGAGAUGGAUCAGAAGCAGCAACGCCGACCACCGACCCCACCCAAAGUACCGCCACCGUCGCUCUCCGGAGACUGUGGUGACCCGGACUACGAGAUCAUCGAAUUUCCGACCCGACCGCAAGCGCAGAAAUCCUCAAAUCAGACACCGGCCGCGAACAAGUGCGCCCUAUGCGGGGCCGAGAACGUGUACGCCCGUUGCGACACGUGCAACGGCAAUUACUGCGAGGCCUGCGACGACAUGAACCACAAACAUCCGAAAAGGAAGAGCCACGUGCGAAGAAGAAUCGUGACCGGAACGGCCGCGAAAACGCGGCCACCCUUGCCGCCGAAAGGGGAGAAUUUGUCCAGCCCGCCGCCCGUACCGCCACCUAGGCGGAACCGCAAGAACGCUCAGGCUAAAUCGACGCAAAACCAGGGAUCGACGAAUCUCUUGAUCGAGAGAGUUGGCAGUUUGAAGCGGACACUUCCAAACACGACCAGACCCCUGUCAGCCACGUUAGAUACGAAAACCGUGUCGAAAUCCAUGCAAUCUAUGAAUAUCACUACCGAUGGAGCAGGAUCGAGCACCGACAAAAUGUCCACUUUACAGGAGAGGUAUAGGAAAUACCAGGAGGCGAUGAGAGCGCAGGAUGCGAACAGAAGGAGGCACACUUCUUCCGACAUUUCGAGAGACGCGGUGAGCGCAAGGCCGUUGAGUGUGACCAGUCCGAAACUCGCACCUCCGAUACCACCACCUCCCCCGCCCAGAUCCAUGAUGCAAUCGGCCAGCGUUUGCGAUUUAUCGUCGCCUCAUAUGUGGAAUCCUGGAAUGCAUCAGGCUCAAUCAAUGGCCCAUCUCGGUCCUGGAGGAAUGCCAAUAAUGUGGUAUCCACCGAAUCCUCAAUGGGACAUGAGCAUGGGCGGUUCGACGAUGAGCCUGAACCAUCCGGCUAUGUGGGCCUAUCCCAUGGGAUAUCCUCCAUCACAGAUGCUCCCGCCGCAUUAUCCGGGUACCCUGUCCAGGCCUCACAGCCCGGCAAGAAGCGUGAAAUCGAGCAGAAGGUCGAGAGCAGCCUCGCCGUCCCCUAGUCUGAAAUCUAGAAAGUCGUUGGCCUCGAGGUCGAGAUCGAGAAGAUCCCAAGGCUCGCCGUCCGAUGCUAGCUCCGAAGAUUCCGGAGAGUCGGAUUUCGAUGACAGGCUCUCCAAGAGCUCGAGAGGAACCAGGCGUGGAAGCGUGUCCAGGAGCGCGAGGCAAAGGAGUUAUCACGAGGAUGAUAGGAACUUGUUGAACAGGAAUCGUCGCGAAAGGCUAAUGUCAGAGGAAAGAGUUACCAGUACGGAGGAUCAAUGGUCCGAGAAUCAAUCGGUGAAACGGUAUCCAAUGUCGCCUAAGGGCUACGACGAAUUCCAGAAAAACAGUCUAAAUUCGCGAAGACGAUACGAGCAAGAUGAGCGGAGGCUUUCCAGGGUGGAUUCACGAUUGGAUCGCGUUCAGAAUGGCAGCUAUCGUCGAAAACGGAGCACCGACGACGACUCGUCGGAUAGAAGAUCCAGCGUGCAGACACGAUCCAGAGUGACCAGCUCCUCUGACGAUCAUUUCGAGAGAUCAGAAAUGAUGGUUCCACGGCGAAGGGACGACGAGGUGAUUCCUAGAAGAGCCUCCUCCGUGAGAAGAGACAUCGUGAAUUUGGACAACCUCGAAAGAUCUUCUCGCAGAGAUUCUCGAAGAUCCUCCAUAGACAGCGAUACACAGAUGACGAGAAAAACUCCUUCCAGAGAUUCGUUCCCCAAGAAGAUCCAGGGAGCGGAGGGAAUCAUCGAUGAUGCGAGAUCGAUUAGAGAUGUCGAAGAGAACGCACCACGCGUCGCGAGUGGUCUUCCAAAUCGCGAGUCCUCGCAAGAUCGAAACGUGGCCACGAAGCGAGAACCUUUGUCGAGAAAACAAACUUCGCCCGAGGAGAUGGAAAGAUUGAGACGAGCUUCGUCCCGUGAGAACGUGAGAAGGACCCCGUCUCGAGAGGGAGUCCCUAGAAAAAUUCGCGAAAGCGACGAGCCACGACCCAUGAGUGGGAAUCGAGAAGUUGGUCGUUUCGUUGAAACGGAGAAACGAAGCGAGGAGGGUGCAAAGAGGAUGGAGAAUGAACGAAUUAAACGUCUGGAAAGGACGCCAUCGGUAGGAAAAGAAGAAAAGGGUGGAACAACGACGAACCCGGAUCAACGAAAUUCGUCCAAAGACGCAAAUGAAAGAAACACGACGAUGGAGAUCCCUAAAGAGGAAUGGGCUUGCGAGCAUUGCACUUUUAUAAACAAUAUAAAGGAUCGGGUGUGCGUUGUUUGUUGCAAAACUAGAAGCAGCGCGUUGCCGCCUAGCACGGAAGAGAACAUGGAAGAUGUUCCAAGCGAUUUGAGCGAGAUUCCCAAAAAUGAGUCGGCCAGCAACGUCAGCAAUCCCAGUCCAGAUCUCGAGAAACGGAUCAGCCUGUUAAAGAUUUCGAACAGCGAAGAGAGCGGGGACAGUGUCUCCACAAAGAGCAAAGAUAUCGCGAUGUUUGAAGAUUCGUCGAAAGUCACGGACAAACCGAUGGCUGAAUCUUCUUUGAAAAAUGAAUCGGCAUUGAUAACGAACGAUUCGUCGGUAACAAGCACGAAAAUAAACGAUGUGGAGCCAAUUAAACGACCCAUGCUCGGGAAAAUUCCAAAAAGCCAUUCGGUUUCCACUGGAACCUCCCCACCUCCUCAGAGCAUUUCCACUCAAACCUACGACUACCUUCCAUCGAGAGGAAGUGGCGGAUUCGUGAGAGCUGCAUCCGCUUCAAAGGGAUUAUUGUAUUAUGAAGAGAGCGAUGGAGAGGAUGCUGAGCGUUUGUUUCAGGAACAAACCGGAUACGCGAACAGCCCAGAUUUGUAUCCACGAACGAUCCAGGAUCAAUCAUAUCUCCAACAGUUGAUCGGGCCCAGCAGGGAUCGUACGCGAAGAAAUUCCAUCGACUCCACUCACCUUUAUUAUCGUUCCAGGGAACCGAGCCAACCCAGAUACCUCGAAGCUGGACCAAGUUCACAAGGUGUUUCAACGUUGACCAGACAAGGCUUGGAGAUCGUAGAGAUUUUGAGGGAGGCUGAGAAACAUGGUUACUCCACCGACGACGUCCAGGUGGCUUUGUCUCAGGGGGCGAGCAACCCCAUCGACUGGUUGAAGACCCAAUGGCCCCACUUGGUGGAAACCGUGCAAGUUCUGGUUACCACUCAAGGAAGGGAGAUGAAAGAGAAUAAUAUUGGGAUGCUUUCCGGCGUGGAGGCGAAAGAGGCCUUGAGAGUUACGAAAGGGGAUGUUUGGAAGGCUGUCGCGAUGGCCGCUCAACGUAGACAGCUAAAAUGCGAGGAAAUUAUGAAGAAAGGGAAUUUCACGAUGAUGGAAGUGGUGAAAGCGUUGGAAAAUAACGCCGGUGCCGAGGAUGCGGCUUUGUUCGAGCUGCAAAAAAAUCAGCUCAAGCCGUUCUUGAUGAGGAUCUGGGGUCCUCCGGUUGGGGUGGAAAACGACGAGGCUGCACCGCGGGAAGAUGCGGUCGGUGGUGAAACGAGCGGUUCCGAACAGAUUACCCGCGUGGGUACGGACACGGAAGCCAGGAAGCAGGUAAUGUCACCAAUCGUAGAAAAUUUCGUCGCGUUGCAGGCCGACUUUCAAAAGCAACUGGCAGCCCUCAGACAGCUAACCGAUAACUGGCAACACGAAAAAGACCCCCUGAACACGCUCGGUAAUAAGCCUGAUAAUCUGUAUCAAGUUAACAAUGACGAUCGAACAGUUCUAAUCGAUAAAAAUCUGGUCCCAAGGGACGCACAAGAUGUAGCCAACACAGUUAAAACAAUGGAGAACGAGGGAUCGAUGAAACGAGCGAAUGAGGACGAAACUAAAUUAACGAUUCAAAAUACACCGAUCGAAAAACACGAUAAAAAUAAUGAUUCCGAGAUACGAAAUUUGAUUGGAGAAAAACAAGUCGAAAAAUUGGAGGAGGAUACGAGCGAUAAAACGAUCAAAGACGAAAUUUCUCGCGACGACAAAAAUAAUAAUAUCUCGUACGAGAUCCAUCAAACCGAGCCAAUGAUGAUGAUUAAAAAUAUUACUUCACCUAUUGUAACCGAAGACCACGAUAAAAGCAUUAAUAAUCCUACGAUGAGUUUAAUUGAAAAAGAAGUUUCCGAUCUGGAGGAAAAUUCGUGGCAGAAUGAUCGAAGCGAUCGGGAGCAAAAAGAGAUUUCGAUCAUCGAUAGAGACGUAAAGGGAGAAAAAUCUAAAGAGAAGGAGGAAAGCGUUUCGUCCCCUGGUAUCGAGAAAGAAUCAUCUUAUACAGAAGUGGGCGAAACGAACGAUGUAACCAGAUCGAAAGAGAAUGUAAAGAAAACGGUAAAGAUGAGUUCGAAAGUAGCCCAAGAGAAGGGCGAAGAACCGAUUGGUUCUCGCAUUAAAGAAAGCGAAACGACCUCCCGAAAGAGAUCCGAUCCCGGGCAAAGCGGCGUAGAAAUAGAUAAAGCUUCCUCGCCGUUCUCGAAGAAGAACGAGCCGCCAUCCCAGAAGGCUUCCUCUGAUCUUCAUCAAAGGCCGUUACAAGUAGAUAAAGAUUCCUCUUUGGUGGAAAUACCGAGUAUCCCUUUGCCGUCCAACGUAUCGGGCCACGGUUUGCCGGACAGUAUAUCUCGGAUGUUGGAGGAAUCUACUCGAGAUCAACCGCAAACCGAUGGAAUCGAACGGCCUGAUUUAAUAAACGAAACGAUGGAACGAGAUGGCUUGGAUCUCUCUCGGAGGGAGGCACCGAUCUCCGCAGAAUUAAUUAAGGCUGUUGAAAAUUCCUUCGAGGAGAAAAACGAGAGGAUUUCGGGGAAUAUCGAAACGGCGAGCAAAGAAACGAACGAAUCGAAUAAAUUAAAGCGUGGAGAGAAGGAUACGAAGGCAGAAUCGAACAAGGUGAUCGGGGGAUCUCGAUCGACGAUAAUUACGACAGCUGAAAAUGGUUUCACGGAUCAAAGUUUCGAGACCGUCUUCCCGGAAGCUUCGCAGAAAGGCAAAGAGACGCAGGUAGAGGCGUUGUUAUCUGCGAUGAAAUCGUUGCCGGAGCAAUUACUGGGUCCUUUCAUAUCGGCGAUGCAAAUGUUGUCGUCGAAGAAAUCGAGCGUGGUGGACGCCGGUAUUCUCGAUUCCAAAUCGGGAAAAAAUCAAAACUCUUCGCCUCUUCGAACUUCCGUUGAUGGAGGAUCGAUCGAAGAUGAAAGUGCACCUCGAAGCGUGGAAAAUUCAGGGAAACUCGUAACGGAAGUAGGGGAAACAACGGCGGCUGACAUCGAAAAAUUGCAAGAGAUCGAAACGGUACGUAGAAACGAGAAAAACGAUAACAACGUUAAAUUGACUAACGCAGAAGGGAGGGAAAUGGAGGCAGAAUUUAACAGGAAUCGGGUCCCAGAAGAAGAGAAAUCGUUGCGGAACGAAGGGAAAACGGAAACAUCGAUAGAACACGUAAGUUCUCAGAAACGUUCCCCGGAAAUUGCGGUUGACGAUACUAACACAAGUGAAAAAGCACCUAAUUCUGAACACUCUCGACGCUCAAUAAACGAAAUUUCGAGCGUCGAUCCGAGGGCAUCGUCAUUAUAUAUCGAGAAUUCAUCUCAUAAAUAUCACCUCGAAGCGAAUUCUGAAAUUCAUGCGAUUGACCACGAGCGAUCGUCGUCGAAGGAAACGGAUAACUCGAACGGCACGAGAGAUUCUAGGCUUAACAAUGCAUCUUUGAAAAACGAAUCACUCACCAUUGAUAAUCCGAUAAGACUGAACGAGGCCAUUGGCGCACAAUCAUUAUCGAGCGAGACGUCAUCCUCGUUCGUACGUGACUCGGGGACGUCUGUCAGUGAAUCAUCCGACAUGCAAAUGCGCUCGACCACUAUUGGGGCUCGAGCUGGCGAUGAUAACCGUGUGAAAUUAAUUGAUGCCAGUUUGGUAGUUGACAAUCGACCCUCUGCGGAGAGUGCGGCUAUUUUGGGACGUAAAUCGCUUGAUAAUAAUCAUACUAAUUCGACUCGGACGAAUGUGCCUCCUAAGGUUUGCACCCUUGAAGAAAGUCCUAAUUUAGUAGACGGUAGAAUCUCUGUUGGCCCAGCUUUGAAAAAUUCUCGAAUCGAUCCGCAGAAAAUUUCCGAGGAGCCCGAUAAUUUAAUUAAAAAUGUUUCUGAAGAUUGUGGAAAUAUCAGACACGAGAUUUUGAAAGAGGUCGCUCGAAAAGAGAUAAUCGAAGGAUCUAGAUCUAUUAGUCCAGAUUCUUCAAAAGGUCUUGAAAUAGCUCAGGAAAUUUCUGUAGAUUCUAAGAUCGUUGUAACUUCUAUAGAUUCCAAAGUUGAUGGAAUCCCUCCAGAUAUCGAAUCCUCUGUUCCCAAUAUCUCAAUGGAUUCUAAUAUUGCUACGCGCGAAGAAUCAGAAAAUUUGGAAAUUUCUAUUCAACCAGUUCCUGAGAAUUCGAAUAUUACGUCUAAUAUUCCUUUAGAUUCUAAAACUACUACAAUCUCUGAAAUUAUUUCCACUGAAAUAUCCGCGGAUUCUAAAAUUGUUGUUGAAGAAAUUUCGAAAACUCUUACACGUGAGAUUCCUUCAGAUUCUGAUAUUCCCAAAGAUUCAAAAAUUACAAUCUCUGAAACUUCUAGAUCUAUUCCAAACGAGGUACUUGAAGAUUCCAAAAUUUUUUCUGAAGAUUCUUCGGAUUCAAAGUUAGCUAUUCCUGAAAAGAAUUCUGAUAUUUCAAAAAAUCUUGAAGUAGUUUCUGAAACUUCGAAUGAUUCCAAAUCUCUUCCAAAUGAAAUUUCAAAAACUCUUACACGUAAGAUUCCUUCAGAUUCUGAUAUUCCCAAAGAUUCAAAAAUUACAAUCUCUGAAACUUUUAGAUCUAUUCCAAACGAGGUAUUUGAAGAUUCCAAAAUUUUUUCUGAAGAUUCUUCGGAUUCAAAGUUAGCUAUUCCUGAAAAGAAUUCUGAUAUUUCAAAAAAUCUUGAAGUAGUUUCUGAAACUUCGAAUGAUUCCAAAUCUCUUCCAAAUGAAAUUUCAAAAACUCUUACACGUGAGAUUCCUUCAGAUUCUGAUAUUCCCAAAGAUUCAAAAAUUACAAUCUCUGAAACUUCUAGAUCUAUUCCAAACGAGGUACUUGAAGAUUCCAAAAUUUUUUCUAAAGAUUCUUCGGAUUCAAAGUUAGCUAUUUCUGAAAAGAAUUCUGAUAUUUCAAAAAAUUUUGAAGUAGUUUCUGAAACUUCGAAUGAUUCCAAAUCUCUUCCAAAUGAAAUAUCCGAAGAUUUAAAAAUUUAUACUCAAGAAGAUUCUUCAGAUUUAAAAUUAAUGAUCGUUGAAAAAAAUCCUGAUAUUUCCACAGAUUCUAACAUAUCAAAUGAUUCUAAAUCUGCACCAAACGAAAUAUCUAAAGAUUCAAAAAUUAUUAUUCAAGAAGUUUCGAAAGAUCGAAUUCCUAUUCAUAAAUCUUCUUCAGAUUUAAAUAUUAUCCCCGAAGAAAAUUCCAAGGCUAAUUCACCUGAUACUUUCGAGGAAUCUGACAACGGUCACAAACCAUCCCAAGAGUCCAAAACUGCAGAGAUCCUUAACAAGCCCACAACGAUCGUCCACGAAACUUCUGAAAACGCGUUGCAUGUAUCUGAAAAAGUGGAGCAGCCUAUCUCCGUCGCAUGCCACGUCCCCAACGACAAAAUCGAUACCUCACCGCUAACUUCUGCAAGCAAGUGUGUCGAUUCUAAAGAAAAAACUUCCAAGCAAAUUAACAUUCGAUCGAAACCAGAAGCAGAAGAUAACACUGCGUCUCCCGCGAAAGUAAACGACAUAGAAAAAGAUACUUCUCUUCUUCUUCUAGAAACAAAAACUGAUAUAGAAAUCCAGGAUAAUUCGAAUAAAUCGAUAAAAAGGAUCGAUUCGGAGAUAGGGAAAAACGUAGAUGGAGAGAUUCGAGCCGUGCCCUCCCCCUCGACAUCUGGCAACGUGGACGCGAACGAACCUUGUGAAGCACCCGCGAAUACCGAAUCGACGAUUGUAACUAUCUCGAGUGACCCUUCUAUUUCCGGUUCCUCGUCGAGCCCGCUUACUUUGAACGGAUCGGCCGUUAACGAGGCAAAUUCCACGGAUACUAACGACAUACCGUUCGUCGCUCCUAAUAACGUUCCCGAUAUCUCGCAUAACGCGUCAAACUCGAUCGAAGGAGGUAUCGAGUCGAAUCUGAACGAAACUUAUUUCGCCGAUAACGUGCCUGGAAUCCUUAACGAAUCUUCCCGCGACGAUGAUAAAAGUAUAGAAAAAGAUUCGAACAAUAACGCGGCCAAUUUAUAUCCUCCAACUUUACGGAACGAAAUUGGGGGAAAUGGGGUCGAAAUAAAACGAUCGAAGGAAAAUCCUGAAAUAUACGUUGUCUCGGAUACUUCUACGAUCUGCGAAGACUCGUCGGUAAAUUUAACGGGAUUCGAUUCGGGUAUUGAUUCCAGCCAAGGAAUUGUCGCGUGCUCGAACGUAAAUGGUAUUAAUGAAGCACAUACAGGAGCAGCCGACGUUAUAGAGAUCAAAAUAAGCGAAUGCCCUAUGAUAGCGGUGAACGAUUGUGCGCCAAUAAAAGUGGUAGAAAGUCGAGGGGAAGGGGAGCCGAUCGAGGGAUCGGGGAAAUUGCGAACAGAAAGCGAGACACGCGAGAUCGUGACGAUUUCGGGAGAAAGCGCGGUGGACGUCGAAAAUAAUGAAACGGAUGCAAAUGAAGUUGAUAAAGCGGUUACUUCGAGAGGUACGGUGAAGGAGAGAUCCAAAUCUCCUGCGAAAAAGAUCGGCAGAAGGAGGUCUCCAGUGAAAGUAGUGAAAAAACCUACCGGCAUACCGAGAAGAAAUUUCGGAAAAGUGAGCCCGAAAGGCGCGACGAUGGCAAAGGCGAAGGAAACCGCGAUCGAGAUAACUCGAAGAUCGACAUUGUCGAAUCAAAAAUCGUCGAGAAAAAGUCCUCCAAAAACUACUACGAAGAUCGCGAGAAAUAUUUCUUCGAACGAGGUAACGAACAGAACGAGAUCAUUGCCGCUUAGACAAAGGCAAAUUUCAAAGAAUCUUAAACCUCCAACAGAGAAGGUGAUAACGGAAAAGAGAUCGACAAUUAUGAAUACUUUAUCGAAAGGUUGCGAACAAAUUAAGAGAUCGAUCAUGCCCGCGCAAUUAGCCGCUGAUAGAAGUAACGAAAAAGCGGAUGAGAAAAAUUUAAAAGGGAAGAACACGUUGAAAUCUUCCUUCCUCUCGAGGAUCCCCGUGUUCACGGCAAGACGUCGACUUCCACGACAGACUGGUGAAACUUCGUGGCAAUCUUGGAGAACGGUAUCCGGUGACGGGUUAACUAGAGCUUCGACGAAACCAUCGAUUACCCAACAAGCAUCGAGAAAAAGUAGUUCAGCUGGAAAUGCUUCGAAGAUUGGAGCCGGGCAAAAAAUGGAUUCCGAUAAAGUCGAGGGAAAUUUAAAUGGCGGAAAGACGGUGGCCGUAAAAACUGAAGCAGCUCGGACGAGAACUUCCGGGGAUGAGAAAGGCACGGGAGAAAAAACGAAACCCGCGAUGGUAUCGGAGAAAAAUGACAAGGAGGUAGUCGUGAUCGAGUCUACUACUAAGGGAGAUCCGAUGGUAUCCGAGGAAGUGGAUUUAAAUGAUACGACUUCGAGCGAAGAAUACGAGCUGGAAGAAGUUUCAGAUAACGAAACUUCCGCCUCAGACUUGGAGAGCAUCACUGAAUCGGAAUGUAUAUCGGAAAAAGAGCAAUCAGAUCGUACGUUGGACAGUACGGAGGAGCUGACCGAUGCCGAAAUUAUGCUACAAGAAACGAUUAACGCGAUAAAGGCGAAAAUAUCCGAUUCCGAAUUCGAGAAUUCUGAAAAUGAAUAUAUCACUGAUAACGAGAGCCAAGAGGAUUCUAACGAAGAUCACGUGAGAGAUUCUUUCUCCGAAGAAGAGAAGGAACAAUUGGAGAAAGAUAAAAAAAUUGAUAAUGAAAAUUCGGAUGAUGCAUCGUCCGAAGAAGAUGAUACUUUGAGAGAUGAUAACGUUGAUCUGAAGAAUCAACAAUUGCAAAGAACAAAUAAAUUACACGAUAAUAAAACCAAAAAUGUAUCUAAAAAAAAUAUUAUUUCUAAAACUUGUUCCACUAAAAAAUCUGCUGUAUUUAUAAAAAAUGACACAAAUAUCGUCAAAGAUAAGUCUGCUAAAUUAAACGAAAAACUUGAAAUAAACAAGUCUGGUAAAAACGAGCAAAACAAGACAGAUCUUAAGACAGAAAUCGUAAAAGUGAAGCGGUCGAGCGAUAAACGCACGAAAGUGAAUCGCAGAGCGAGUACAGGCUUUGACAGAGGGGUGGAUCAGGGUGGAACGUUAAAGAAACGAUUCUCUUUGGUGGCCAGUUGUAUCCGUCGAUUCGAGGGCGAAGAGAAAACAGAACGAGAAUAUGUGGAAAGUAGGAGCGGCAAGGCAAAGACAGGCGGAUCUCCCAAAACGGAGAGGGAGAGAAUUGCUCGUCGUCUCUUAGCGGAAGGUAAAGCGUCGAAUUACGACGAAGCGGAAGUAGCCGCCAGUUUGCUGGCUUUGAAGUUUGGAGACGUUGAGGCUCUUCAAGCGGCCAAAGAGUGUUCCAGUAUAGAAUCAGCAUUAGCAUUCUUACAACAGGAAUGUGAACUUUGCACGGGUCGUUUUGCGAUGAGUCAGAUAGUGUCCAUGUUAAAAUGCAUUCAUCGUUGUUGCAACGAGUGUGCAAAGAAUUACUUCACUAUCCAGAUCAGUGACAGAAACAUAACGGAUGCAGUUUGUCCAUUCUGUAAAGAACCAAAUCUUAAAGAUGCGAAUGAAGACGAGGUUCUCGAAUAUUUUAGUAACCUGGACAUACAGUUGAAAACACUUCUAGAUCCUCCGAUUCACGAACUCUUUCAAAGAAAGCUGAGAGAUAGAACAUUAAUGCAAGAUCCGAAUUUUAAAUGGUGCAUUCAGUGUUCAAGCGGAUUUUACGCAGAUCCAGAUCAAAAGAGAUUAAUAUGUCCCGAUUGUCGAUCAGUCACGUGUGCCCAAUGUCGAAGGCCAUGGGAGAAACAGCACGAAGGAAUUACGUGCGAGCAAUUUGCUGCUUGGAAAGACGAGAAUGACCCGGAUAAUCAAGCCGCUGGCUUAGCCAAGCAUCUCGCGGAUAAUGGGAUAGAUUGUCCUAAAUGCAAAUUUCGUUACUCCUUGUCUAGAGGAGGUUGUAUGCAUUUCACAUGUAGUCAAUGCAAGUACGAGUUUUGUUGCGGUUGUGGUAAAGCGUUCAUGAUGGGAGCAAAAUGCUCGGUAAGCCCGUAUUGCGCAAAGCUGGGCCUUCACGCUCAUCAUCCACGGAACUGUCUGUUCUAUCUUCGCGAUAAGGAGCCCGGCCAAUUACAACAGCUGUUACGAGAUAAUGGAAUCGAGUACGACACAGAGGGUCCAGCUGGCGAGCGCAAGUGCAAAGUGCAAUUGCAAAAAGAAACUCCUACUGGUGUUGUAGACGCGGUAUGCAAUUCAGAUGUUGUCGAGGGACACGCUGGUUUGUGCAGGAACCACUAUAUCGAAUACCUAGUUCGAAAAAUCCGGAUGAUUCAACUGGAACCGCUUCCGUUACUAAACAUAGAUGAUCUUGAGACAUGCGUGAAACGUGCGGGGAUCAAGUUACCCCCGAAUUGGCAGCACUACAUAGAGUACUUGGCGGGUCUGGUACUGAAGGGCAAGCUGGAUCCCGUGGCGAUCUUUGACUUGAACGAUGCCAAGCAAGAGCUGCGCCGUCGGGGAAAAGUUCCCCCUGCGAAGGACCAGGAAAUGUCCGAGCGGGAUUAUCUCGAGGCGUGCAUUCAGAUCGUGCGCAAGGAAAUUCCAUUGGAGUGAUAGAAGGGGAAUAAUUAAUGUGCGAUUUUACGUAACUCACGCUUUUUAUGCAUCAUGUAUAGUGUAUUUAUUUUAUCGUAUGGACAGCGAUGUAGAGAACAAUUUACAAUUAAAGUAAACAAAGAUUGAAAA